AUGAGAACAUUGAAACGCAAGAAAGGAGGCCCCACUCCGGGAACCUGCGAGUGGGUACUUCGUACGGAAGAGCUCACUGCCUGGCUUGGAUCUGGCCCGACGGUGGGUCCCGAGAGCCAGCCGACCCAGGUCCUAUGGCUCUAUGGUAACCCAGGAACAGGGAAAUCUACCAUAGCCCUAUACCUUACGGAGCAGUUGUCGGCAACUUUCUCUAAUACGGACGGGAAAAUGCUAGCUUACUUUUUCUGUGACUCCGCUUUCGAUACACGGAAGACCGCGACUUCAGUUGUCAAAGGGCUUCUUUACCAGCUCGUUCAGCAAAACGAAGAGCUUCGUAAUCACCUAUUAUCGAAGUACCAUACGCGCGGAGAAGAACUAUUCACAUCUUUCGACGACCUUUGGGAUAUAUUCAUGACCAUGGUGGCAGAUGAGAACACGGGUCGGAAAUACUGCAUCAUUGACGCACUGGACGAAUGUGAUAGAGAAUCGCAAGACACUCUACUACAACAGCUGGAAGAAACCUUCAAGUGCCCAAACGUGUCACCAAAUGCCCGAAUAUUAGUCACUACUGAGGGUACUUUCCUCUGGAUUGGCUUGGCCUGUGGCGAGCUUAAAGAUAUUCCGUCAAACAGCGUCGUCCGCACUUUGCAGAAUAUACCAAAGGGACUUAAUGCACUCUUCCAGCAACUUCUUGUAACGGCAUUAAAGCAGAGUGAGGUCAGUGGUGAUGAUAUCAGACACCUUCUAAGCUGCGUAGCUAUUAGUUCGCGGCCACUGACUGUGUCGGAGCUCUCCGAAGCAUGCCAGCUGCACCAGGAGGAAGAAGACGUUGAGACAACGCUCCAGUUCACUCAAGAAUAUCUCGAGGACUACCUAGUUGGGGCGAGCUCGAGUAAUUUUAUCCAGGAGCUCAAGGCUCAUGCCCAACUUGCCUAUCGCUGUGUGGAUCGCAUCAUUGCGCAAUUCCGCGACACAAAUCAACCACAGUCCGGCUUCUGGUAUUAUGCAACUCAACAAUGGGCUCAUCAUGCGCGUAUGGCCGAGUUACAAUCUUCACAAGCGGAGUUCUUCCAGAUCGAUUCUCGUUGUCGGGAAUGGUGGCUGGAAGGUGUAAGGUCAGACAUGAGUGUUCCAACGGUGCCUACAAGAUUCUCCAUAUUUCACGUGGCUGCGAAGUGGGGUAUUUGCGCUCUAGUGAAUCAUGCCGCCGAGUUAGAAUUUCAAGAAUCCGACGUGGAAAGGACUACCUAUAUUGAUCAUGUGAAUUGUACGGAUGAUUUCGGUCAAACGCCUCAGGAGCAUGCUGCUAGGUCAGGAUUUCCGAAUAUUUCUGCUGCCCUCUUGAACCGAGGAGGGAAGGUUACUACAGAGGUGGUCAGCGCUGCGGCUAAAAACCCGGAGAAUGGAAAAUCAGUGCUGGCACUUCUUCUCGACCGCCGCGGGUACCAGAUCAUUAUUACUGAGGAAGUCUUUAAGGCCGCGGCUGGAAACACGUGGAGUGGCGAAGCAGUCCUAGCACUCCUUCUUGACCGCUACGGCGACAAGAUCAUUAUCACUGAAGAUGUUAUUAAAGUCGCAGCUAGAAACCAGGAGAGUGGAAAAGCAGUGCUGGCACUCCUUCUCGACCGCUGCGCAGACCAGAUCACCAUCACCGAGGAGGUCGUCAUGGCCGCGGCUGGUAACUGGGGGAGUGGCGAAGCAGUGCUAGCACUCCUUCUCGACCGCUGUGGAGACCAGAUCAUUAUCACUGAAGAUGUAAUCAAGGUCGCAGCUGGAAACCAGGAGAGUGGCGAAGCAGUGCUGGCACUCCUUCUCGACCGCUGUGGAGACCAGAUCAUUAUCUCUGAAGAUGUAAUCAAGGUCGCAGCUGGAAACCAGGGGAGUGGAAAAGCAGUGCUAGCACUCCUUCUCGACCGCUGCGGAGACCAGAUCAUUAUCACCGAGGAAGUCGUUAAGGCCGCGGCUGAUAACUGGGGGAGUGGCGAAGCAGUGCUGGUACCCCUUCUUGACUGCUGCGGAGACCAGAUCAUUAUCACCGAGGAAGUCGUUAAGGCCGCGGCUAGAAACUGGUGGAGUGGCGAAGCAGUGCUGGCACUCCUUCUUAACCGCUGCGGAGACCAGAUCAUUAUCACCGAGGAAGUCGUUAAGGCCGCGCGGCUGAUAACUGGGGGAGUGGCGAAGCAGUGCUGGUACUCCUUCUUGAUCGCUGCGGUGACCAGAUCAUUAUCACCAAGAAAGUGGUAUCUACUAUUGAUGGGGCCUGUCAGCAGAAGAUCAUGA